AUGAGGCGCAUUCUUUGGCUCGACAGCCUCCGGGGCAUAGCCUCAGCUCUGGUAGUAAUACACCAUUCAAAAAGCUCGGAGCCUAACAGUAUCGUCGGCUUUUUGACCAGGUCCUACUGGGACGAACCGGCUGAAGAAAACCGUCGUAUAAUCCAACUCCCGCCCUUCCGACUUCUCUUCAAUGGCCCAUCAAUGGUAGCCUUGUUCAUGGUUAUAUCGGGCUACGCAAUCUCUCUUCCGCUUCUACGAUGUCGCGAGGAGGUUGGAGCGAGUAAUGUCGGGUUCUUUCGUCGAUUAUGCUCUGCUGCAACUCGCCGAAUCUUUCGAAUUUAUCUGCCGUCUAUCGCCAUACUGUUCCUCAGCCAACUUGUGUACUUCUGCAAUGUGUUCCCGUGGAAAGCUGCGUAUGAUUGGCUAGGCGGGCUAAAGCCCUUGACAGCGCCAUGGGCGCAGGUCCAAUAUGUGCUUUCGAGAAUAGUACAUCUGCUGGAUAUCAGCAACCAUCAAGUCGAUAUCAACUUUGAUCGCAAUCGACCGGAUAUGAGGACUAUAAACUACCAGCUGUGGACGAUGCCAAUUGAGUUUCGUGGCUCGUGUGCUGUCUACUUGUUGAUCUUGACGUUUUCGUUUUGGAGACCCCAGCCUCGGUAUCUGGCAUUGGCAGGCGUGGCGACGUAUUGGUUUUAUAUGGGACAUUGGGAUCUCUUCGCUUUCGUUGCUGGGAUUCUUCUUGCAGAGAGACACGUCGCUUCAGAGUCCGGACCAGACAGGGAGAUUGCAUUAUCGUAUUCAUCUUCACCUCUCGAGAUUCAAGAGCCCAUUACCAAAGCCUGGAACAAAUUCACAGACAAAAUCUAUCUCCAACAGAUCGGAACAUCAGUCUCUUUCAUUCUAGGGAUGUAUUUCCUUUGCAUGUGCGGCGCUGACCGGUUAGCAGCUGAAUACCGAUGGCUGGCCGUGGCUCGAUCUCCGGAGUGGGAUAAUGCUGAGAUGAUGCCCCGGUGCUGGAGGAGCGUGGGAGCUGUUCUGGUAAUAUAUGCAAUUAGCAAAUCAGCGCUGCUUCAAAGGCCGCUUAACUCCCGGCCACUGCAAUACUUGGGCAAGAUCUCAUUCCCGCUUUAUCUAGUCCACCCGACAGUCUAUCUCGCUCUCAAAUGGCCGGUGCGAGACUUUUUGUGGUGGGCAGUUACGAGAACGCCUUAUCCUGGUACUAUCGAGGCGAGCAAGCAUGCUCUAUCGUUUGCUAUGACUUGGAUGGGAACCAUGAUCGUUUUAGGUGCUGUUAUGGUGGUGGCAUCUGAACUUUGGAAUCGCUUCGUGGAUAUGAAGUGCCUCGUGCUUGCGAGAAGAUUCGAGAAAUUUGUUUCGUGCUAG